AUGACUUGGAUAGAGAAGGUGGCCGGCCGUGGCAAGCUUCCCGAGUGGUUGAGCGGAACGCUGAUUCGCAAUGGGCCGGCCCUGCACACGUUCGGGGACACUUCGUACAACCACUGGUUCGACGGCAUGGCACUGCUCCACAGCUUCACGUUCCGCGGGGGUGAGGUUCACUACCGCAGCAAGUACCUGCAGAGCGACGCAUUCCGCAAAAACUCGGAGGCCAACAGGAUCGUCAUCUCGGAGUUUGGCACUAUGGCCCACCCCGACCCCUGCAGGAACGUCUUCGCCAAGGCCUUCUCCUACCUCUCCUACUCCGUGCCAGAGUUCACCGACAACUGCCUCAUCAACGUAAUGAGGUGCGGGGAGGAUUUCUACGCCACCACGGAGACCAAUUUCAUGCGACGGAUCGACGCGAGCUCCCUCAACACCCUCGAGAAGGUGGACUACACCAAAUACGUGGCCAUCAACAUCGCCACGUCCCACCCGCACUACGAGCCGGAUGGAACAGUCUACAACGUGGGCACAUCCAUCGCAGACAAGGGCCAUACCAAGUACACCUUCAUCCGGGUGCCACCCACGUUGCCAGGCGAGCGCCCCAACUCCGGCCUCCGCGGCCUCGAGGUGCUGUGCACGGUGCCUUCUCGCUGGCGCUUCAGCCCCAGCUACUACCACAGCUUCGGCCUCACGCCCCGCUACCUCGUCUUCAUCGAGCAGCCGCUCAAGCUCGACCUCGUCAAGCUGGCCACCGCCUACUUCCGCGGGGCCAACUGGGCCAGCUGCAUGACCUGGCUGCCCGACGACAAGAGCCGCUUCUACCUCAUCGACCGGCGUACGGGCAAGGCGCUGAGCACGCACUUCGUGAGCGAGCCCUUCGUGGUGUACCACCACGUGAACGCGUUCGAGCGCGCCGGCUGCGUCGUGUGCGACGUCGUCGCCUACGACGACAACAGCCUCUACGACAUGUUCUACCUGCGCAACCUGCGCAAGGGCGCCGCCGACUUCGCCGAGGACAACAAGAUGAGCUGCCUGCCGCAGUGCCGCCGCUACGUCCUGCCGCUGGGCGUCGGCAAGGAGUCUCCCGUCUCCCGGAACCUCGUGACUCUUCCCGGCUCAAAAGCGAGCGCCGUCAAGGAGGGGGGAGGACACGUGGUCUGCACUCCAGAGCUUAUAGCAGAGGGCAUCGAACUCCCUCGCAUCAACUACAACUACAACGGCAGGGAGUACCGCUACAUCUAUGCAGCCCAAAUCGAGUGGAGACCCGUGCCCACCAAGAUCGUGAAGGUGGACACGCACACGGGAGAGAAGCUGGAGUGGCAGGAGGGCGGCUGCUGGCCUGCGGAGCCGGUGUUCGUGCCGACGCCCGGCGCUAGGGACGAGGAUGACGGCGUGGUGCUGUCGUCCAUCGUGACGAGCGAGCCCGGGAUGCCGGCGUUCCUGCUGGUGCUGGACGCUCGCUCGUUCCGCGAGGUGGCACGGGCCACCGUCCACGGCGCCGAUGUGCCCCUUGACCUGCACGGCCUCUUCCUGCCAGACCCCAAGUAGCGGCCAAGCCACCAGCAGCAGUAGCAGCAGCAGCAGUGGCAGCAGUAGGCG